AUGCCAGACAGCUGCGGUCAGCAGGUACCCGGACAGAGCAGAGAGGAGGCUGGAAGCGUCUCCACAGGACCAGAACCCAUGCAAGUCCCGGCAGCACCGGUGGUCACUCCUCGCGGAUGCCCCUAUGCGGAACAGCCUCGUUGCAGCAACUUGGUACCCAGAAUGUCCUGCACCAAGGUCCCUUCGCCUAUCCCAGCGGAUGCCACCACCACAACCUCCAUCAUCGCCUUGGGACCCACUGGGCAUCUCAGUAUCUCUGCGGAGGAUGACCUGGAAUGCUUGGUGUGCCGAGAGCCCUACAGCUGUGCCCGGUCCCCCAAGCUGCUCAGUUGUCAGCACGCCUUCUGCGCUGUGUGCCUGAAGCUUCUGUUAUUUGUGGAAGAAGACACCUGGUCCAUCCCCUGUCCACUGUGCCGAAAGGUCACUGCCGUCCCAGGAGGCCUAAUCUGCAGCCUGCGAGACCAGGAGGCCAUGGUGGGGCGGCUGGCCCGGUCAUGCCCGGAGGUGCACCUGUGUCCCCAGGGACUAGUUGGUUCUGCCACUCCAGCAGCGCGGCCAGCCAACUGGACAGGAGAAGAUGAUCAGGACGUAGUAAGUGUCAAUCGAGUAGCUGCCCGGCGCCUAGCCGUACACCUGCUCUUGUUGGCUCUUCUCAUUGUCCUAAUCCUGCCUUUCAUCUACCCGGGCAUCAUCCGGUGGGUGCUGGCCGUUAUCAUCGCCCUGGCCCUGCUGAUGUCCACCCUACUCUGUUGUUACCCCUACAGCCGGAGCAGCAACUGGCCUUGCUCCAGGACUCUGCUCUGCAGAGAGCAAAAGCAAGCCCAGAUCACUUCUAUUGCCUGA